CAGAGCAGAAGAACAGGCUAGUGCUUACAAAGACAGAAGGAUGCAUUAAACCCGGAACGACGAGACUCGGGAGAUAAAGUGAUGUGGACUUCUGGUUCAGUCUUUGAUAAGGGAGAGCUUUUUCCUGACUGUGCUCCACAGUCUGUUUCCUACAUUCUUGAGCUGUUGGCAUUGCCUCACUGCAUUGGUUGCCAGAUUUAUCGUUCAGAGAGCCGAGGAAGCUUUUGGAAUUCAGAGGGAAACCACUUUAAGAAGGCUUCAUUUGGUCCCCCCUUUGCACUAAUCCAAGGAACAUUCGAAUCCGUUGGUUCUACAUUCAAGGAUAUCCCAAAAGAGUAUUGUCCUACCAUAAGAAGAGGAUCUGUAGCAUGGGUUGGUUCAGGUCCAGAAUUCUUCAUCAGCCUGGCUAAUCACAAUGAAUGGAGAAAUGCAUACACUGUUUUCGGCUCUGUCCUAUCUGAAGAUAUGAAAAUCUUGGAGAAGAUUACUCAGCUUCCAACUAAGUCAGAUGUUUGGAAUGACAUUAAUGUCACCGUCUUGGAGAAUCCGAUUUCGUUACGAGUUCCGGAGAAUUACCACUUAGUGCAGAAACCAUUAGAUUGUUCUUGGUUCCAUUCAUUUGUUCUAAAGGUUUGCUUUGUUUCUCUCUAAUUAGUGAUGAUGGUCUUAAUGUACCUCUCUACAUGCUUGAAGAGACUUUUUAAAAAUAAAUGUAAUGUAGAUAUAUUCAGUUUCAGGCACCAAAUUAUAUAUCUCUCAAUAUUCCUUUAUACACUUGUUCGGUAGGUCGGUUACUGAACGGUUCGGGUUGUGAUCCGAGAUGAUGAUUGGGGCUCGUCGAGUCGUGGACUGUCGGCCAGCGGAGUGCGAGGUCCCGAGUACUUCGAGUGAGAGAGAGGGGGGUGCCACCUGCAAAGACACUCCGACGCUCUUGUCAGUAAGGUGUGCAGGCGGAUAAGGUGAUAGAGUAUAUGACGUACUUCUGGGGGAGUGCAAGCCUCCCCCUUUAUAUACCUGUCAGAGGUGGGCCCGAUGAGAGCAGGCCCAUGUUUCCAGGGA